GCAAAAGAUUCUACUUAAAUAUGGUUAAAUCACAAGAAUGUUCUUCCUAGCUUAAACAGACAAAGAAAUAUCAAAAAAUUGAUUGUGAAUAGCGAAAAAUUGUCUUAGAGUUGCUAUUAAAAGAAAAAUUAUCACUUUAAGAGGUAUCACCAUAAAGUUUAAAUUACCUUUCUAUAUACCAUUAUAUUUUGUUUAUAUGACAAUUUCUUUCUAGGUAGCCAAUAGACUUCAUUUAAAGUAUUGUACAGUCAGGACAAUUCAAAAAGCAUUUGAGUAGGAUGGUCGUAUAGGAAAAAAGGAAACAAGAAAAAAGAAGCUUAGAGUGUAGAGCAUACUAAAAGUAUCAGUCUUGAAUCCUUUGACUUUAUAAGUACAACCAUUGUGUGUUCAAUCGGAUACUACUUAAGUAAUAUAUUAUUUGAAAAGUCUAGAUUUAUGUUGAUAAGCAGCCAUCCAUUAUUGAUCAAUUAAAUUUAGCUAACGAACAAAAAUAACUCAUAUCAUCCUAAUAUCAGAAGUUCACCCAGGCUUUAACUUCUGAAUUUAAAAAAGCCAAUUUAGUCUAACAAUCAGUACUCUAAAACUUGUUGCUUUCAUCUUAAAUGAUGCUCAAGUAGAUUCUAGAUCCAAAGCCUUAAAUUCAAGUUAAGCAAGAAUUCGAUUCAGUAUCCACAAGUCCCUACCCUUUUUAACCAAUUUAAUCAUACCCUUAAUUUUAUCCUUUGCCCAACUCUUUUCUUAGAACUUGAUGAUAUAUAUAUGUAUAUUUCUG